UCUCAACUGCCGUUCUCCGGUAUAAAAGAUUCGCUCCAUUUUCGCCGUCUCUCUCGUCUCGAUGUCUUUCAAUAAACGCAAUAAAAAGACGAAGAAAAACAGAGAGAGUGAAGAAAGAAGAAAUCCUCUUCGAGGGCGAUCGUCUUCGGAUCUCUAAGGAGCUAAAAUGGAAGGAGAGAUGCAUGAAAGCUCUGCAGAAGUCAAACUUAAGUUGCCUCACAAGGUUAAUGUAAAGGUAGUUGAAGGUGAAAGAGAAAGUCUAAUCAAUGGUGAUCCACUCCAACAAAUAAGACGAGAAAACAAAGAAGAAGAAGAAGAGACUGCAUCUGAUGGGGAAUUCAUAAAAGUAGAGAAGGAACUAAUAGAUGUAAAAGAAAGCUCCCACCUGCUUAAACCAAUAGCAGAAGUAGAAGAAACCCUGCGUGGUGCUAAUCUGGAUUUGCAAGCAAUGGAAGAGAAAAUAAGAGCACUUGAGCUCCAGCUUGAAACUGUAACUAAAGAACUACAGCGCUCGGAAUCUGAAAAAUCCUUGCUAAAAUCUGAGGUUGACCUCACAAAUGGGAAAUUAGAGAAAAUGGACCAGCAUUGUGAGGAACUUGAACUCGACCGGAAGAGGAUGAAAGAACAAAUUUUGGAAGCUGAACAGAAGCAUAAUCUGCAGCUUGAGUCACUCCAAGAAGCAUUGAGAUUGCUAGAUAUGAAGCAAAAGGAGCUGGAUGAUGUGAAGGAAGCAUUUGAUGGAUUGUCUGCUGAGCUGGAGAGCUCGAGAAAGAAGAUGGAGGAGCUUGAAGCAGAGUUGGUGUUGUCAGCAGGUGAGGUGCAUAAAUUUGAGGAACUUAGCAAUGAGAGAAGUACACAUGCAGAAUUAGAAUCAAAGAGAGCCUUAGAGUUCGAGAAGAUGCUGGAACUAGCAAAACUGAAUGCGAAGGAGAUGGAAGACCAGAUGGGUAAUUUGCAAGAAGAGCUGAAGGGACUCCGCUAUAAGAUUGCAGAGAAUCAGCAAGUUGAAGAAGCGCUUACAAGUACUGCAUUGGAGCUUUCAGUGGUUCAGGAAAGUUUGGAGCUUUCAAAAUCACAAGUGACAGAUUUGGAGCAGAAGUUUGUUUCUAGGGAUGCUGUUAUUCAUGAACUGACACAAGAAAUAAACCUCCAUAAGGCUUCUGAACACCAGAUGAGGGAGAAUGUGCUCGAAUUAGAAAGUCUGCUCUCUGCCACCAAAGAAGAUCUCCAAGCAAAGCUUGUGGACUUGGAGGAAGUGGAGUUCAAACUUCGAGGGCAGAUGAAGGAAAAGGAAAUGGUUGAAUCUAGCUUAAAAGACCAAAAUAUGCAGAUAUUAGCUUUGCAAGAGGAAUUGGUUAUGUUGACAGGUCAAAGGGAUACUCUUCAAAUUGCUGUGGCUGACCUAAACACAAAAUUGUCAAUGACGGAGGAAACUUGCGGCCAGUUAGAGGCCAAGUUGAAUCUUGCCGACCAGAAUUUCACUAGAACAGACUCACUUCUCUCACAGGCAUUGUCAUGUAAAGGGGAGCUCGAACAAAUGCUGAAAUCUCUCAAAGGGCUCCAUCAAGAGUCCAGCAUAGCUGCUGAGACUGCAACACGAAGAAGCUGUGAGCUUGAAGAUCUAAUACAGGCAUCAAAUGCAACUGAAGAGGGCCUGAAAGCACAACUGAGGGAAACUGAAAUGAGAUUGGCAUCUACUGAGAAGCGGAAAAUUGAGCUUGAGCAACAUCUAAAUCUUGCAGAAGUGAAAAACAUCGAUGCAGAAAGAGAAAUUAAAGAACUCAGUGAGAAAAUGAUAGAGCUCGUCACUUUGCUAAAAAAAUCUGAGGAGGAAAGUGCACUGUCAAGAUGCCAUUUCCAGGCAUAUGAAGAUAGGAUCAGUCAAAUGGAAUCAUCUUUGAGCAACUCUUCUUCGAGAAACUCACAUCUUGAACAGGAGCUGAAGGAUCUUGCCAAAAAAUGUGCAGAACAUGAGGAUAAGGCUACUGCUGCAUACCAGCGCAAUCUCGAACUGGAAGAUUUGGUUGAUGUAUCUCAUUCCAAAGCAGAGGAUGGUGCAAAGAAAGUGGGUGAAUUAGAGCUAUUGUUGGAAGCUGCUAACUACCGAACACAGGAACUAGAACAACUGCUGAGCACCACAGAGGCAAAACGUAGGGAUGCUGAAGUGGAAUCAAAGCAGUACAGUAGCAAGGUUUCUGAGAUUUCUGCAGAACUGGAAGCAUUCCAGACAAAAUCAGCAAGUCUUGAAGCUUUGCUGCAAGCUGCAAAUGAAAAGGAGAGAGAGUUGACAGAAAUGUUGAACAUCGUUACUGCAGAGAGGAUGAAUCUGGAAGACUUGGCAAACAUUUCUGGUAAAAAGCUCUUAGAAGCUGAAAAUUUGAUUGUGGUCUUGCAAAGUGAGUUGAAAUAUAUAGAAGAGAAUCUUAAAAGUGUCGAGAAAGAGCUUGAGGCUUCAGGUGUUAGAGAGAAAGAUAUACUGGAGAAGCUUAGAUCUGCUGAAGAAAAGUUAGAGCAUCGACAUAAAGAAGUAGAGCAAACUAUUGCAAGAAAUUUGGAGUUAGAAUCAUUACAUGAGUCUUUGGUCAAAGACUCAGACUUAAAACUUCAAGAAGCAGCUGUAAGCUUUAUGCAAAAGGAAUCAGAAGCUAAACAGUUGAAUGAAAAGUUAAAGUCUCAUGAAGAGCAGGUGGCAUUUUAUCAAGCUCAGGCUACUGAGGCAGCUGAAAACGUGGCAUCGUUAGAAGCGGAAUUGGAGACAAAUGCCAUAAAGUUGGUUACUCUUGAGAUUACCAUUCAGGAGCUCAAGCAGAAGGCCUCAGAAGCAGAUCUGAAAGCUGAACAGUCAAUUUCUGAUAAUGAAUUGUUAUCUGGGAUGAACUCAAAGCUCAGGGAGGACCUGGAAGCUCAUCAGUGCAAAGUUAAUGAACUUCAUGAGUUGUUGAAUUUGAGACAUGCAGAGAAGGAGGCAACUGCUGAACAACUGGCUUCUCAUGUGAAAACCAUAGCAAAAUUAACUGAUGAACAUUCAAGAGGCUUGGAAUUCCAAUCAGCAACUGAAUCCCGUAUAAAAGAAACCGAAGUCCAACUACAUGAUGCAAUUGAGAAGUUCACACACAGAGAUUCUGAAGCCAGAAACUUGAAUGAAAAACUGCUUGCACUUGAAGCUCAGCUAAAAACUUUUGAAGAACAGGCCAGAGAAACAGCUGUUGUUGCAGAAAAUCAGAAGGUUGAGCUGGAGGAGACUCUGUUGAAGUUACAGAACGUGGAAGGACUUGCUGAGGAAAUGCAAAGAAAGGUUGAUCAUUUCAGAUCUGAGAAUGAAGGUCUAGAAAGUACAAAUCUGAGUCUGUCUCAGAAGCUGGCAACAUAUGAGACAAAAAUGAAUGAGCUGCAAACAGCAUUGAACAUAGCCAUUGCAGAGAAAGUGGAUACAUCUUUACAGCUUCAUUCUUCAAGGAAAACAUUAGAGGAUCUGAUGCAACAAUUUGAUUCUGAGAAAGAGAAACUCCAAUCCCAGAUAACCUCUGUUAUGGAAGAAAACAACAUGCUCAAUGAAAUGUAUCAAAAUGCUAAGAAAGAACUUGAAGCAAUUAUAGUCCAACUGGAGGAACAAUUGAAUGCGCAGAAAGAUAGGGAAGUCUCUCUCAAUGCCGAUGUGGAAAAUCUCAAGGCAGAAUUAGCUGAGAAAUUUCUGAUUCAAUCAAAGAUUUCACAACUUGAGCAACAACUUUUAUUAGCCGAGAAUAAAUACAUGGAAAAGAUUGAAAGCAUGCGAUUGGCAGCUGCUGAGAAAGAAGCAGUGCUAACUUCUAAAUUGAACAAGCAUGAAAGCACACUCCAUGAGAGAGAUGCCUUAUAUGAACAGCUGAAUGCAAUCCAAAAGGAACUAGAUCUUGCUUGCAAAACCAAAACAGAGCAGAAAGAAUUGGAUUCGAUGAAGGAGCUGGAAAGGGAAGCUUUGAUGAAGAAAUCGCUUGAUGAGAUGGAGGCUAAAAAUCAGCAUGCCACAUUACUGGAAAAGCAAGUUGAAGAGCUUAAGCAGAAGCUGCAAAUAGCUGAAACACAAUACAAGGAAAAGGUUAUAGAAGAAGGCAAGAAACUUGCCCUAGUCAAUGCAGAGCUUGAUGAUUUGAAACAUAAACUGAGUCAAACAGUUGAGAUGGAAAAGAAGAUCGCAGAACUUGGGAACAAGUUAGCAACUGCCAAAUCUAGGGAGGAGGCGAGUGUUAAGGAUGGAAUCGUAGAAGCUAAACCGAAGGAUGGAGUAGAGGUGAUAUCCAGAGAUAUUGGACUGAGUACUUCAACACCAUCAAAAAGGAGCAAGAGAAGAAGCAAAGAGGUGCAUCAGACUGCACAGACAACUUCCACAAUAUCAACCAUGAAUGCUGCUCCAGAGUCUUCAGGGUUAAUGGCCUUCAAGUCCAUCUUAGGAGUAGCUCUGGUGUCCAUAAUCAUUGGCAUUAUUCUGGGGAAGAGGUUUUAGCAUGGUUUGUGAGUUUUUUGCCUUUAUCUUUUAUGUAAAUCCAGUGAUUUUUUUUCCUUGCUGAAAGUGCGAAAAAAAGGGGAAGUUAUAAUCGUAGCCUAGCUGUUGAAGCUCGGAUGCGAAUUUGAUUUUCAGUCCUUUGUGGGCAGCUUUGACAGUUUUAUUGAAAGUUGAGGUUGGAGACUCUCUGCUGGCUUCAGUGAAAGCCCAGAACUUUAAGCUCGGGUUAGGAAUUUGUUUUAUUCAUUCCUACCCUAUUCUAUGCAGUAGGGGGGACUGCAUGCAACUGGCUUUGCUGCAUUUUGAGUUUAUAUUCCUGUUUCCUUGUUAAUCUGAGCAACUGUUCUUGAGAAAUGAUUUCAUGCUAUAGUUGAUAUUUCGCUGAAUAUUGUACAGAUUGAGCAUUCUUCA